AAAACAAAACGCUCACUUCAAAUCGUUGGUAUUUACGUAGAAAAAAAAUGAUAACAAAUUAAUGAUUUUACUUGUAAAUUUAAUUUAUUAAUUUAUUAAUUAAUUACUGUCAAUAACAAGUACUAAUUACUAUCGAUAAUUAUUUUUAAAAGUAUUUAAAAGACACCACAAGUUUUAAUGGUGACAAAAUGUUUUGGUGAAUAAAAAACUGAUAAUUUUGUAGGUGAAUUUUAAAGGAAAAAUUGUAGUAAUUACUGUUGUAAUUGAAGCUAAUGAUUGCUUAGUAAUUAAUUUUCUGAUUAAUUAAUUAAUUAAUUAAUGAUGGAUGUUGAGAGACUGGCGAUUGUGGCUGGUGUAGGUUUCGCACUGGCAGUUGGUGCUUUUGUUUUGUGGGGUCCGACUCCAAGACCCAGAAAACGAGGAAAAGUUUCUGGUAUUUCAAAUUUAGGGUACACGUGUUUUUUGAAUUCUUUAUUGCAAGCUCUGGCCGCUUGCUCGACUUUCACAGCCUGGCUCAAUGAACAAGGGAAGAAAAAGAAGUCUAGUAGUUUUAUUAGUAAUUUAAUUUCAGUUAUUGACAGAAUCAACGGAUACUCUGAAGACUUUUACGACGAUGUUGCUCCAAUAGAAGUCAUAACAUCCCUUGGACCUCUUUGGAAUUUCGAUCCAGGUCACCAGGACGCCCAUGAAUUGUUUCAUGUUAUUCUCAGCGCGUUGCAAAAUGAAAUUCAAACUCCCAACCGAAAGGGCUGUCUUUCCGACGCACUUCCUGGUCCAGAAGUUGCUCCGGACGUAAAAGGAUCAGGUGAUUCAGUGGCGCUGCGUAGUGUCUCUUGCAAUGACAUCGCCCAAGUCCAAGCGCAUUCCCAUACCAUAGAUCGUCUUGACAAGAAUUCAAACCAUCCUUUGACUCUAUCAACCCGAUCGAUACCACACUUCUCAUUGUUCAAUAAACCAGGUGUGAUACUCGCUCGUUCAUCAGAAAUAUUGAGUCGAGCACUGGGUGAUUCAAUGGAUAUACAGAGUCCAUCUAAAAACUGGAACUCCCUCUGUGUUAUUCCUCAAACAAGCAGCUGUGUUUUGUCACACGAAACCCAUCCAUUUUCUGGACUACUGACAAGUCAAUUGAAGUGUACUAAUUGCCACUGGAAAUCGGCAGUACGUUACGAUAAAUUGGAAACUAUUUCUCUACCGUUACCACCAGCCAGUGAAGCUCUCACAUGGAGACGACAUACACUUGCUGAAUUAUUUUCACGGCUUGUCACCAGUGAAGUAAUACACAAUGUCGAGUGUAAUGGAUGUACGUCACGUUGCGCAGCCAUUAAAACACUUACAUUAGGCAAAUUACCUCGAUGUUUGUGUCUUCACAUUCCUCGGACAACAUGGAGUAAUUCAGGGAUUCCUAUUAAACGAGAUGACCCAGUGAUAUUUCCGGAAAUUUUUGUACUUGAUCCUUUUACAUUUACUGAGUCCAACAAACGUAGUAGUCAGGCUACAUUACCAAUGAUGUUAAUUAAUAAUAACAAUAGCAAUCAAGGGAAGCAUCGUUACAAACUUCAAGCUGUUGUAGAACAUCGAGGACCUGUUGAUGCCGGGCAUUUUGUAUGUUACCGACGAGGUAACCGUCCAGGACAAUGGCUCUAUACAUCGGAUACUAUUGUUGAAAACACAUCAUUAACAGAUGUACUUUGUGCAAGUCCUUAUCUCUUAUUUUAUGAGCGCAUCGCUGGAUAAUGAUGAU